AUGUCUCUCGGAAAGUUGUUGAAUAGUUCGUCGGAAUGGAAUAACAAGGAAGAGGUGUUGAAAACCAUCUAUUGGAUUAAACAAAUUUAUGCCAUUCUUUGUGGAUUAGUUUUCGGAAUCACUCCCAUUCUAGGAUUUAUUGGAUUUGCUAGCUUUGGUGUUUCUGUAGCCCUCAUUUCAUACAGUGUGGCUUACACCAUUAUGCGAGUUUCUCAGAAUGUCAUUGAUUCAUCCAGUACUGUCAUUACUGAAGGAAUGUUUCCUGCAUUAACACUUUUCAUUUUGACUUGGACUUGCACUUAUUCUUAUUUGCAUGCCUAA